AAAAAAGAGAAAUUUUUGGAUCGUUCUCCUCCUUCAUCCAGACUUUAUUACCAUCAAUUCUUGUAACUUAAUUUUUUUUCACUAUUUUCCAGAUUUAUAUGUUUGAAACAUCAAUAUUACGUAAUCUACACUUCCGUAAUCAUAUUUCAGCAAAAUGUCAUUCAAAAUACAUCCAUUUAUAAAAAAGUGCUUGAAGUAACAAUGUUGGAGUUAGGAGUAGAGUGGGGAGACUGAACAGAAAACCUAUCGAAAAUUUUGUUGUUAAUGAUAUCAAUAUAAUCAUCAUCUACAUUACUGAAAAUGUAUCUCAGUAAAAUUUCUCAUCAGAAAAUUAAAAGUAAAAUCAGAGGUGGGGCAUUAAUGUGUAGUUGUGCCCUGAGAGGGAACGAAGAAAUAAACUGAAAAUAGUUCCUUGCAAAAAUGACAUAGACGGCUAUAAUAUAUAAUAAAUAAAUAAAAAUUGGUAGAAUAAACAGGAUGAAUAGAAUUUAUGAAACUCUCGACCACUGAAUCGCUUAGUAACUUCUGCCGAUUAGAAAUCAAGAAAUAAAAAUUCUGGCAAGGAAACCAAUCUGGCCGAAGCACAUACUUAAAAAUAAUUCUUCCACCGGUUUCAGCACAGCCGUAGUAGUAAUAUUAUUCCGCAGGCGGCCACUAAACAAAGUAACACCAGAAGCUGCAUUAUUUGUCUUCGUGUAUUUUAUCUUGUUAUGAAAAUUUUGACCUAUUCCAAGUUCCAACUAGAUUGAUAUAUACAUCAUCAUCUUUCAAAGAUCAACAAAAGAGAUUAUGAAGAACACGUACCACUUUAUUAAUCUGUGAAAUUAACAGCAGAUUUUCUGUUUCACUCUGUGGAAUGUGUCCACUAUGAUUCUUGCAUUUGGACAAAUUUACCAUUAAGAUAUAAUUGUUUUCCCUGCCAUAAUUUCAAAAAACCUGGAUAUGUUUUGAAAAAUAUAUUUAUUUUUAGCUCUAUUUCACUUGUUGGUUUCUUACCAUAUGAUAAGACAGUUUCCAUCAUUAUAAACUAUCUUGGCGUAGUUAUUUCAGAAAUGAUUGUAUUCUACUAAAAUCAUCUUGCGAUCUUCGCAACAUCUUUAAAUAUCAACAAAGAUCACAGCUUAUGGAAAUACAGCAAUAGAAAUAUUUGUUAAGAAUAACGGAAAAAAAGAAAAAGAGACAAAAAAAAUCCUUUCACCUGGGAAAUAUCCUUGUGUUGUGCAAAAGACGAAAAUUAUGGAAGAUGAAUUAUGUGAGAAGGAAGUUAAAUAUGAAAAACAAUCAAAGCAUAUUAAGUCAUAUCUCUGUGAUAUCUGUAAAAAGUCAUUCCCCCGUAAGAGGAAUCUUGCUGAACAUAAACACAUUCAUACAGGAGAGAAACCAUGUAACUGUGAUAUCUGUGGGAAAGCUUUCUCUCAUCGAAGCAAUUUAAUUAGGCACCGAUAUAUUCAUACAGGAGAAAGACCCUAUCAUUGUAAUAUCUGUGGUAAAUCAUUCUCACAAACGAACCACUUAGCUAGUCACAUACACAUACACACAGGAGAGAAAUCAUAUCAUUGUCAUACUUGUGGUAAAUCAUUCUCUGAAAGUAGUCAGUUAACAACUCAUAAACGUGUUCACACAGGAGAGAGGCCAUAUUACUGUGAAAUCUGUGGCAAAUCAUUCCCACAAAGUGGUGGCUUAACCACACACAAACGUAUUCAUACAGGAGAGAAGCCAUAUCACUGUGAUAUCUGUGGUAAAUUAUUCUCUCGAACAAGUGACUUAACUAAACACAAACGCGUACAUACAGGAGAAAAGCCAUAUCAAUGUGAUAUUUGUGGUAAAUCAUUCUCUCAGACAAAUCACUUAAAUACACACAAACGCCUCCAUACAGGAUAGGAACCAUAUCGUUGUAAUAAUUGGUUAAUCAUUCUUUCAAGACAAAAAUGUGUUCUUGGGGAAUAAAAGCUUCAUCAUUGCAGAGUCUGCUAAAUCAUUCACACAAAAUACUGUCAGAAUAGUUUUAAUACAAGCGAAUAACCCUAUAAUAGUGAUAAAGGGUAAAAGACCCCCUUCUGUCAAGAAUGACCAUGGGAUUGCACCUAGAAAGUUGCCCUCUGAGGUACAAGUCUGGGCAAGGUUGUUUUAUGGAAGACCAGCAGUCACCCAUGCAUACCAUCCUCUCCUCUCCAUACCACUGAUGUUAUCCAAGGGAAAGGUAAUGGUCGAUACAGCUUGGCACCAGUGACAUCACAACUUAUUUCUACAGCCGAGUGAACUGGAGCAACGUGAAAAUAAAGUGUUUUGCUCAAGAACACAACACAGCCUGGUCCAGGAAUUGAACUUGCUACCUCAUGAUUGUGAGCCUGAUGCUCGUAAUUGUGGGACAGCGAUUUCUGAGUAUUAUAUAUUUUAUAUAACCACAUCUGCAGCUGUGGUGGUACAUUAAUUUAUUACUGUGAUACUUUUAAUGAUAACAUUCUUUCAGAAUACUCAUAUACAUACAUUAUUGAUUUACCUGAUAUUGUGGGUAAAUAAUUGAGAAAUAUAUUCUUUAUCCCUUUAGCAUUUAAACUGGUUAUUAGCCAGUCCAAAUAUUCUCCCUGUUUUAUGUUCAAAAUGGCAAGAUCCAGCUUCUGGUGCCUACCCUACAAUGUCAUUCUAAAAAUAAUCACUUCAUUGAAAUCUCAAAGUUGCAAGAUAAUGCAUGAUUAAUUCAAAACCAUUAAGCAAUGUGAAUAAACAAGCAUUACACAUGACAGAGUGAAGGCGUAUGGCUUAGUGGUCAGGAUAUUUGGUUCACAAUAGUAAGGUCAUGAGUUCGAUUCCUGGCGACACGUAUGCUUUAUCUCAUGUUGCUCCAGUUCACUCAGCUGGCACAAAAAUGAGUAGUACCUGUAUUUCAAAGGGCCAGCCUUGUUACUCUCUGUCAUAUUGGAUCUCCCUGAGAACUACGUUAUGGGUACAUAUAUCUGUGGAGUGCUCAGCCACAUGCACGUUAAUUUUAUGAGCAAGCUGUUCUGUUGAUCGGAUCAACUGGAACACUUGACAGAGUAGUCUGUAUGAUAAAAGAUUUAAAGAUCAGGAAUAACAUCACUACUACAGUUAUUAUGCUACAAAUAAGAAAAAAAAAAUUCUUGGGGUGUUUGGAUGGGCAACUUGUUAUCACCUUGAUACUUUGGUUGAUGGAAUUAGUUCAAUGCUGGAUACUCCUCAUGGUGCACUUUUCAAGUUUAUCCAGUAUGUAACUUAUUCAACCCACCCAAAGUAUCAACAUGAGAGUUGGAUAAUAGACUGCCUAUCCUUGAUACCAAAACUAUAUAGAAAAGAUAAUUCAUUGAACCAUUAUAGAAUAUAUCUAUGAGAUUUUAUGUACAGGAUGUCCAUAAAUUAUCUAAACUGGACUGCCUCUUCUAAUCCACUGGUUUGGGCAAGUUUUGUCAAGAAACUCAAACACUCAACCCCUAAUGGGCAGUGCACCAUCUUCAUAGAAAAUAACUUAUAGCUGCAAGUGGUGCAACUGCAGUAGAAAAAAUGUCUUUUUAUGAAUUUCUCAAAUUGUCAAAUGAACCACUGGUCUUAUUCUCCCAUCGCUUGUUAUCUCCUCUGUGCAGCCCAGAAUUUUGAUGUCUGACAUUAACAUUAUUUUGUGAAUUUUCUUAAUAAACUGAAAAAUCUAAAUAAA